AUGGAACAUCCUCGCAAAUAUUCUCCUCGUUCCUCUUCGUUGGUUUUAAUUUCGUUUUCUUCUCUUUUAAUUUGUUUUCCUCUCUCUUUCUGUUGAUGCAUUUCUUCUCCUCUUCAGGAAGGCAAUGGGGACGGAGGAGGAGAAGAAAGCAACACCAUUCUUUCUUUCUUUUUGCAUAGGUUUCAAAUAUUCAACAUUUUAAAUGGGAAAUUGCAUUGAAAAGACGAAGCAAAAUGUUGGCAAAGUUGACAAAGUUGUCAUGAACCCUUGUAAAGGGAGACCCUUACCUCCCCCUUCCCCUCCCUUUUCUUCUGGUUCCAUGGAACAUUUUAACAGUCAAAGCCAUCCUUUGCCAACCCCCAUUCAUCCUAUACAAACACAACCUGAUAAGGUUUGUACUCUUCCAAUGCCAAGGCCAGAUACAUCGCCCAAGCACGUUAAUAAGGCUAAUGUUCUGCCAAUGCCAAUUCCGGAGACAUCAACUGCACAUGAAAAAUCUCGUAUUCUUCCGGUGCCAACUUCAGAGAGUGAAAUAUUAGCAUCUCCGUACCUAAAAUCAUUUCGAUUUGAUGAACUUAAAAAUGCAACUGGAAACUUUCACCCGGAUAGUUUACUUGGUGAAGGUGGGUUUGGUUGUGUUUUUAAGGGAUGGUUGGACGAGGAAAGCCUCAUGGCUACUAGACCUGGAUCGGGUAGAGCAGUUGCAGUAAAGACGCUCAUACCUCAAGGUUUUCAGGGCCAUAAGGAGUGGUUGUCAGAAGUUAACUACCUUGGUCGACUUCACCAUCCGAAUCUAGUUAAACUUAUCGGAUACUGCUUAGAAGGUGAAAAUCGGAUAUUAGUUUAUGAAUUUAUGCCCAACGGAAGCUUGGAGAAUCACUUAUUCAGAAGACAUAUGCCAUCUCUUUCUUGGACAACGAGGAUAAAGGUCGCUGCAGGUGCUGCUCGGGGGCUUUGCUUUCUACACAACUCCGAGUCGCCUGUCAUAUAUCGUGAUUUCAAAACUUCAAAUAUUUUGCUAGAUUCUGAAUUUAAUGCAAAACUUUCGGACUUUGGCUUGGCAAAAUCUGGUCCUACGGGAUUCAAUACUCAUGUAACUACACGAGUAAUGGGUACAGAAGGCUAUUGCGCCCCUGAAUACCGUACCACAGGUAAAUUGACAGUCAAAUGCGACGUUUAUAGCUUUGGAAUUGUGUUACUGGAGCUUCUCACCGGGCGUCGUUCCAUUGAUGAAUCAAGAGGCGAAGCAGAAAAGCAACUGAUAACAUGGGUAAAGCCUCACUUGCAGAACAAGCGCAAAGUAUUCCGAAUCAUGGACACUAAAUUAGGAGGACAAUAUCCUAAAAAAGGUGCUUACAUUGCUGCAAAUCUUGCAAUACUUUGCGUAAACCAAGAAGCCAGAUUUCGACCACCUAUGACUUACGUUUUGGAUAUUCUUGAAAAUAUUUUGUCUCAAAAAGCCAAUGCCGCUUCUUCACCUAAGUUGCAGUCACCUAUGAAUCGGACACCUCGAGGGUCACCAUUACCGGGAUACAGAGAGUCACCCUUCUCGGAAGGUUCAAAAUUCUCGCCAAAGUAAAUAUCUCACUAAAUUUCAAUGUCAACUUUUUCCUAUCAUUAUGUACAUAUAUAUAACCUUGGACUUGGGGAUUUCUGUCUUUUGUUGUUGUUUCUUUUCUUCUUUUUGAUACAGAUAGAAGCAGAGUUGUGACAAAUUUAGACAAAUCAUUGUAGAAAUAACGUAUAUUUGUUGGCAUGAGCUGUCAUUAGGAACAAACAUGAGGAAUUACAGGCAUAUCAUAUUUGUAAGAUUCCAUAUCUAAGGGAAU